AUGCAAUUCAAAAACACAAUAUUGAUUUUAUUAGUCUUUGCACUUCUUAUCUGCUCCAAUCCCUCUUCUUAAGUUUAAGCUAGAUCACUAAAAUCAUAGGCAUAAAGCACUAAAGAACAAUCUAGUAGUGGUUGUGCUAAGUUUGGAUUUAGCUGCAAAAGUUCGAAAUGUUGCGAUGGAAAAUGCUACAAAAAAAUAUGUGUGCCAUGGGUAUGA